AGAAAGGCGGGGCCGCGGCUGGGGUUUGCGCAGGCGCACAGCUCCAACCGGGAAGCAUGGCGGACCUAGCGACUCAACCCAGCAAGAGAAAGCGCGAACUGGACGCCGAAGAGGCGGAAGCUGCCAGCACAGAGGCAAAGGAAGCGGGCGUUGAGAAUGGUACCUCCGCUCCUGUGCGCUUACCGUUCUCCGGCUUUAGAGUGAAAAAAGUGCUGCGGGAGUCCGCGCGGGACAAAAUCAUUUUUCUCCAUGGGAAGGUAAAUGAGGCCUCUGGGGACGGGGAUGGAGAGGAUGCCAUUGUGAUCCUGGAGAAGACACCAUUUCAGGUGGAGCAGGUGGCCCAGCUCCUGAUGGGCAGCCCUGAGCUCCAGCUGCAGUUCUCCAAUGAUAUUUACAGCACCUAUCACCUGUUUCCUCCACGGCAGCUGAGUGACGUAAAGACAACCGUGGUUUACCCUGCCACAGAGAAGCACCUAGAAAAGUACCUGCGCCAGGACCUCCACCUGGUCCGAGAGACGGGGGCCGAUUACAAGAACGUCACCUUGCCCCACCUGGAGUCCCAGAGCCUCAGCAUCCAGGCUGGCUUCUUCACAGAGGCCACCAGGACCCUAAAGUGGGUGUACAACAUUCUCGAUAAGAAGGCUGAAGCUGACCGGAUUGUUUUUGAGAACCCAGAUCCCUCUGAUGGCUUUGUCCUCAUCCCUGAUCUCAAGUGGAACCAACAGCAGCUAGAUGACCUGUACCUGAUUGCCAUCUGCCAUCGCCGGGGCAUCAGAUCACUGCGGGACCUUACUCCAGAGCACCUGCCGCUGCUCAGGAACAUCCUCCGGGAGGGGCAGGAAGCCAUCCUGCAGCGCUACGGGGUGAAGGGGGACCGCCUCCGAGUGUACCUGCACUACCUGCCUUCCUACUACCACCUGCACGUGCACUUCACCGCCCUGGGCUUCGAGGCCCCUGGCUCGGCGGUGGAGCGGGCUCACCUGUUAGCAGAGGUGAUCGAGAACCUGGAGUGUGACCCGGAGCACUACCAGCGGCGCACCCUCACCUUUGCCCUCCGGGCCGACGACCCCCUGCUCCAACUCUUGCACGAGGCCCAGAGGAGCUGAGUGUGGCCCAGGGGCCGUCCCCUGGGACAGGAACACAGAUAUGCGGGCUGGGGGGUGGGGCAGGGAGGGACGGAGGGAGUUUUCGCACCAAGUGGAUUUUUCAAAAUUGUAUUUUGUACCGGCUUAUUUCUAGUAUGUGAAUAAAGUAUUGGUCUCCUUC